GGUGGGGUCCCUGUUUGCAUGGACUACCUGAGUCCAACUCAUAUGAUGCAGUACUUGGAAGGCAAGAGGGUCAUUGAGCUGGGAGAAGUUGACCUCAACUGUCCUUCCAACUGCCAAAUCCAUAAUACUCAUUUCUUCGGAACUGACAGACAGAUAAUAAGAAGAGGGCAAGCCUUCAGCUUUUAUGCUCGCUUCCAAAAUCGGGAAUGGGAUGACUCUGUGGACAAGGCCAUUUUCACCGUGGAGACAGGUAAGAACUCUAGUGAUGAUCAGAUAAUUUUAAGAAAAAUGAUAGUCAUGAGUAAAAAUAUUGAACAUACUUAUUACUUAGCUGAUGACCCUGUUUAUAUGGACAAUCAGGCCCAUAGAGAAGAAUAUGUUCUGAAUGAACAUGGCAUACUGUAUGAAGGAGUUCACAAGCAUAUUACUUCUCGGCCAUGGCACUUUGGACAGUUUGAAGAUGGGAUUCUGGAUAUCUGCUUGAAGAUACUAGACAUGGGUGCGAGUUACCAUCACGGCUCUGAUCGCGACCAUUGUUGGCGCAAUGAUCCUGUGCAUGUCAGCAUGGUGGUAAAUCACAUGAUAAGCAGCCAUACCACUAACAGUAUCAUGAAGAUUCCAGAAAACAAUGAUUACCUGAAAGGAACAAAACCAUUUUCCUGGAAUGGAAGUGUCCCUAUUCUUCAGCAGUGGUACAAUGGCAGAUGCAGGCCGGUCAGAUAUGGGUACUGUGGGUCUCUUGCUUCAGUAAUGUGCACAGUGAUGAGGUGUUUGGGAAUUCCAAGCCGCGUUGUCACAAACUUCUGUUUUCCCUGCUCAAUUGAGAAUCCCCUUGGUAUCAGUGAGAUUUUUGACUGUACUGGAAAAAACCUGUGUGGUAAAGACAAGUUAUGGCGAUAUCACUGCUGGAAUGAAUCUUGGAUGGCUCGUAGGGACCUAAAUCAGUGCUGUGGUGAUUGGCAGUGUCUGGAUCCGACACCUUUGGAAACAGGAAGAGGUUCAGCUUGCAGCGGCCCUACAUGGGUUCGAAGCAUCAGAGAAGGGGAACUGGACUUCGACUAUGAUGGUCAUCAUAUGUUUUCUCGAGUAAACUCAAACUAUGUGGGCUGGCUUUCACAAAACAAUGCCCAAAAAACAAAAUUCUUCUGCGAUGCUUGGCCAUGUGGACAGCUUCUAAUCACCAAGAAUAUUGGCAGUGAGCAAUUUGAAGAUAUCACUGGGUCUUACAAGUAUGAACUAGGUUCUGUGAAAAACAAAGAAGCCUACUACCGAGCUUACAGGAGAAUUCACCCAGGGUACUGCAAUGCUUCCAACUGUCAUAUUGAGAGAGAGCUAUCAUCUGUGAAAAACCCAUUUUUGAGUGACUCUGGUAUUAACAUGAGGCUAAAGAUGGGUAACUGCCCAAUGUAUGGUGAAGACGUCCAGCUGCACUGGCUGCUUGAAAAUCUGCGUGGUGAAAACAAAAACCUGAAGUUUAAUUUGAGCGCACAAAUAAUAACCUACAGUGGUUGUCCAAUGGAUCAGUUUUGGAAAGAUAGUGUGAAUGUCACAUUAGGUCCAAGGGAAGUGAAAAAAAUUCCACUGUGUAUAUCCUAUAGUCAAUAUGGACCUUAUCUCUGUGAUCACAACAUUAUGAAAGUAGUUGCUGUCUCAGAUCCAGAGUGUGGAGAAGUUCUGAUGGUGAGCAGGGAUAUCGUGGUCAACAGGCCACCUGUCAUUGUAAAG